UCUAGGAAAAACUUUUAUUGGAGAACAGCUCAAGUCCAUAUUCAAUAAACAAAAGCCAAACGAUAUUAGAAUUACAUCUCAACAAGUCUUUCAAUCGACUUAACCGCCGAUCGUGCCCUAAAUCAGUUUCCUUCUUGGAAUUUCCAAAGGCUGCUGUAGCUCGGUGCAGUCCCGAAACUAUAAUGGAAAAUGAGACUCUGAAAAAUGAGAAGUUGGCAAAGCUACAAAGAAUGGCUGUGAAUGUUCGAACUGGUGGGAAAGGCACUGUUAGGAGAAAGAAGAAGGCAGUUCACAAAGGAACACCGACUGAUGAUAAGCGACUUCAAAGCACCUUGAAGCGUCUGGGCCUGAAUCAAAUACCUGGAAUUGAGGAGGUAAAUAUCUUCAAAGAUAACGGACAAGUGAUCAAUUUUACGACUCCUAAAGUUCAAGCAGCCAUCGGAGCGAACACUUACGUGGUAUCCGGCCAAGGAGAAACCAAGUCACUUCAGGAAUUACUUCCUAACGUCCUCAAUCAGUUGGGUUCGGAUAAUCUAGCGCAAAUGCGUUCCCUUAUGGAGAGUCUCAGUACGACGGAUGAUAAGGGUGACGCUACAGAAAACGGGGAAAAGUCAAAAGAAGACGACGACGAUAUUCCAGAGCUUGUGGAAACCAAAACUUUUGACCAGGUGGAAGAAGAAAGUAAUGUGAAGGAGGCGGAUAUUCCUGUUAGCUGAAAGUUCCUUCGACUUUGUCUUCAAAUUGUAUCGCGGUUUGAAGUUGUCUUUAAGAUAGAAUUAUAUGGUUCAAUAAAUCCAGAAUUAUUUUGACUCUUUAU